AUGGCCAUGCAGAACGAUUCCCCCGAGCAACUCCUCGACGUAUUCAAGGCUGCGGCUCUUUCCGUCACCCGUCUGUAUAAGUCAUCAGUCUCGGCAGAGACCAGGGCGAGGGCCGACGGAUACCAGGACUGCUUGGAUGACCUGGUGUCCUUUCUCGACAGGGAGGGUGCCGCCGGUCUCGGCGAACCUGGCCUGUCCAGGAUGAGGAAAUGGGCGGCCGAGCGCCGUGAAGGCCGAGAUGCUAGUCCCCAGACGUUUGAGAGCGAGGACGAGACGGACAAGGGCGAGUCAGCAUCGCUGCCGCCUGUACCUGCUCGUUCAGCGCCGAGAGCAACCAUGGAGAGCCGGCAGCCGACGGCGACGCCGAUGGAAACGACGACAGCACCGCCGCAACCACACCCGACCAGCGGCCCGGACUCCACGGCCGAGGAGGAGCCUCGACCUCCGCAGUUCAUCGUGCCGACACAGGAUAACUUCACCUUCCAGUCGGACCACCAAUACCCCAACAUCGAGCUCCUCGACCUGUCGGAUUCGAGGGGUCACGUCGGCCACCACCCGAGGUCGCAACGCCACCGCCAGGGUAAGUCCGGGAUGCGCACCUCAGGACCUCUGGGGCGUGGUUCCGGUUCCAAGCGACGGAUGGAUCUGGAUGACUUCUUUGGCGGCUGCUUCGGUGGCGCCAAAGAUCCGUCUGGCGGCAGCAGCAAACGGAGCCGUCACUCAUAA